AUGGCGAGCUCCUUGCUCCUGUCGGUGUGUCUGCUGUACAUCGGCAGUGCCCCAUCUGCCGCUACUGAAGGGCAGUGUCCCUCCGAUUCCUUCAAAUGCAGCACGACCGAUGACUGCAUCUCGCUGGGAUAUCUGUGCGACUUUGGUGCUGACUGUCCGGACGGAUCUGACGAGGAUUACUGCAGCGCCCCGGGUUGCCUGCAGUCCCCUCACGUGUUUGGCUGUAGGUCUAACGACAUCUGCAUUACUCUCGAAUAUGUAUGUGACGAGGAAGACGAUUGUGACGACGGUUCAGACGAGACAAACUGCACGUCGGGUGAGUGUCUCUCCUCCAGCUUUCUGCUGCAGUGUGAAACCAGCGGGCACUGCAUUCCCCGGUCGUGGCAGUGUGACGGUGAGGACGAUUGCGAAGAUGGUUCAGACGAGGUGGAUUGCGAAGAAAAAGCAUGUCCCGUCUCAAACCAAUUCCGGUGUGAAGGCGAAGGCGUCUGCAUCGACCCCAUGUCGCAGUGUGACGGCCAAGAUGACUGUGAGGACGGCUCAGAUGAGGUAGAUUGUACGACCAAAGACUGCCACAUCUCCGACCAUAUCAAGUGUGAAGAUAGUGGCAUCUGUAUCCCUCCCUACCAACAAUGUAACGGUUGGGACAACUGUGAAGACGGCUCAGAUGAGGUCAACUGUACCGGCAAAGAGUGUCAUCACCCCAACUACUUCAAGUGUAAAACAAGCGGCAUCUGCCGCCAUCCUCAAAAUCAGUGCAACGGUUGGGCUGAUUGUGACGACGGUUCAGAUGAGGUCAACUGUACCCGCAAAGAGUGUCAUCACCUCAACUACUUCAAGUGUAAGACAAGUGGCAUCUGCCUCCACCCGCUUAACCAGUGCAACGGUAGGGCUGAUUGUGACGACGGCUCAGAUGAGGUGAACUGCACGACAUGUUCCUCCCCCGGCCGUUUCUUGUGUGCGCACAGCGCGAUCUGUAUCCGCCCGCAGCGGCAAUGCGACGGAAUCAACGACUGUCCCGACGGUGAGGACGAGGACAGAUGUAAGUGUCCCCAGGGUAUGUUCCAAUGCGAGCGUAGCGCCCUUCCCGACAGUCUAUCACCUCACGCCUGCAUACACGACAUCACCUUGUCAAAAUGUGGCCUCGAGGACUGCCCUGGAGCGUCCGAUCAGAGUGGCGUGGACUGCGUCUUGGGCAUUAGUCGCAUCGAUGGCUGGGGCUUCAUCAGGCAAUGCUCAAACGAGACUGAGUUCACGUGCGAAACAACGGGCAUCUGUGUUCCGUGGUCUCGCGUGUGUGAUGGCGUGGACGACUGUGGUGACGGCUCGGAGGAGACUUGCGGCGCUGACCCUCAGCCCGCCCCCUGCUACCUCGGAGCUGCGGAGUUCCGAUGCGCGACCGGUAACACGUGCGUCCCGGCCGCAACGCGCUGCGAUGGCGUCGGCGACUGCGAGGACCAGUCGGACGAGAUCGGCUGCGAGUGCACCAGUGCAGAGUUCCGCUGUGCGCGCAGCGGCAGGUGUGUGGAACCGGCGAGGGUGUGCGAUGACGUCACCGACUGUGAUGACGCUUCGGACGAGCUGCCAUGCCUAUCAUGCGAGCUUCGGGGCCUGUGGCAGUGUGACAGUGGUGAAUGCAUCAACGCCACGUCUGUGUGCGACGGGGACAGGGACUGCAUUUACGGAACAGACGAAGACAACUGCCACACACCCUGCAACGGCCUGCAGUUUGCCUGUGGCGGAACAUGCCUGCCGAAGUACCGCGUCUGUGACGGGACGGACGACUGCUCUGACGGGGAGGACGAGCAAAGCUGUGCAGGUUGCGGUAUGAAUCAGUUCCUCUGUCCGGACGGUAACGGUACCUGUCUGUUGGAGUCCCAACUCUGUAACAAUCAGAGUGACUGCAGUGGAGGAGAGGACGAGGAAGACUGUGGAGGUGACACACCUCCUGGGUUCCCACUGGGUCUGGCGACUCGGUACAUCCCCGAUACGUUCGUCACCGCCAGUUCCCAGUACAAGUCGGACUUCGCGCCGUUUCAGGCUCGCUUCACGCACCCGGCUACACCGGGACACUGUUGGGUACCGAGCUCUGUGAGGGGUGAAUGGCUGCAGGUUUACUUUGGGAAGACGACUAACGUCACAGGUGUGGUGGUGGGCGGCGGCUGCUCCAACUGGGACCUGCGCAGCUGGGUGACGUCGUUCACCCUGGCCUUCAGUAUGGACGGUGCAACGUGGAGACCGUACGGAGGCAGUGGCAGGGCUCUGACGGUGUUCCCAGGGAACAGAGACCGGUAUCGGAAAGUGAGUAGCCCUUUCGAAGACCCCGUGACGUCACGCUACAUCCGGCUGUACCCGGAACGAUACGAAGGCUGGGUUGCCAUGGUGAUGGAGGUGUACGUCACAAACGACGAAGACACUUGGUUGCAGCAAGGCGAGUACGCCCCGUUGGGAGUCGGGGUUCACCCCGGAGCUGUCCCGGCGAAGAUUUCCGACUCCGCCCUCCGUGCCUCUUCGCGUGACGGCGAGUUCUUCCCGCGCCACGCCCGCCUGCACAACGGGCAGGGGCAGCAGCAGGGAGCGUGCUGGUCUCCGGCCCCGGGCCUGGACACGGACCAGUGGCUUCAGAUCAAGCACGACAAGGUACACAAGGUUGUGGGCGUGGUCACCCAGGGCGCGUACAACAUGGAGCGCUGGGUGACGUCAUACACACUGGCCUUCUCUCUGGGCGGACUGAUGUGGACGCCGGCGACAGGCGGGGAAAGCGGCGAAGGGGAACUGGUAAUCCAAGGAAACACGGUCAGCCAUCGCUACUCCCGCCACCUGUUGGACAAACCGAUGUACGCACUCUACACCCGCUUCUACCCGCGGACCUUCCACAACCGGAUCGCACUCAGGGUGGAGAUUCUGGUCACCCCGGAGAUCGACAGCCAGUUCAGUCCGUGUGAGGAUGACGUCAGUGCUGUAGUCUCGCGAGAACCGGAGAGAUAUCACGCGAGCCAGGCCUGCGAUGGCAGAGAGGACUGCUCAACAGGGCAGGACGAGGCAACCUGUGAAGGCUGUGCGCUGGAGUGUGCGGCGGACCGUAGCUGCAUCCCGAGUACCUGGAUCUGCGACGACAUAGAAGACUGUCCGGACGGGACGGACGAGAGGGCGUGUGUUGAGGGAGUCCCCAAAAACUGCUUCUUCCACUGCGUCGGCAACAUGACCUGUCUGCCGACCCGGCUGCUGGGGGACGGGCACCGGGACUGUGCCGACGGAGGGGACGAAAGGGACAGUGACAUUGAAGAGGCCCUGGCACGCAGAUGGGGAUCCUGCAGCUAUACCUGCAUGUCUGUGUACGGUAACGCGUCGUGCGUUCCUUACGGGUUCCUCUGUGACGGUGACUCGGACUGCCGGACGGCGGAGGACGAGCAAGUCUGCCAAGGCCUCGGCCGCCCGCAAGCCGGCAAUCCUGGCGAUGGGCCUGACAAAGCUGGUUCAGCGGGUGAUUGCCCGACGUUGACCUGCGGAAGACCCGGCGCCCCGGCCCCGUACUGUGUGCCCGUUCAUCUGAUCUGUGACGGACACCCGGACUGUGUGUCAGGGGAGGACGAGCAGGGCUGUGGUGGCCAGCAGGCCGAGACGUCCACCGCUCCAGUCAGCAGCACGGCGAGCGUUCGUCGGCAGGACACUGCAGAACCUUCUGUCGGUCUGGAACCAUCAUUUGGACCAACAGAGCUCAACAAACAGAGUCGUGGGACGCAAGAACAAGCCAUGUUUUGGAGCACAGUUGUCGCACUGGGCGUUCAGAUGCUGUACCGCCUGCUGAGUUUCUAG